AUGACACGGACAGACGAGUCCGCCGCACACUACCUUCUCCAGUACAUCACGAUUCGCUUCUCCGACAAAAUGUACGGCUGCGAUGAAUACUUCGACGAACACUUCGACGACAAACUCAUUGGUCGCAUCUACCGACUCCGCAAUGACCCGAGUCGCAUGUUCUCCGUCUGCCUAUCGCCCCCUCCGUCAUCGAAGUUGUAUCUUACCUCGGAUCAGUACAAGUGGAAGAUGAGAGUACUGCCACCGCAGAAGAACGAUCAGAUGCUGCAAGUCAUCAAGAAGACGAUCACCGAGCUGAACAAGCAAUAUAUGCUCUUUUUGCGCAUCGGUCUACAAGUCUCGCACUUGACGAUGAGUCCUCCGCUGUGGCCCCGUCAUUCAGAGGAGUACUCCACGAAGCUGUACGCUUUCAAAGAAAAGGACCGAGAGUUUCCGAUGGCUGUUGAGGCAACACUAUCUAGAGGCUGUCGCCGUUUGACCGCGGAUACCAUUCUGGUACGAAAGAAAGACGACAUGAACGGGCCUAAACCUGGCAUGCCGCUGAAGACGUGGCUUCUGUCCCUGGUCAAUUCUCGGAAUAGCCUGGGUGAAGCUGGUUGGCGGCUUCAGCGGGGGUGGUGGGCUUCGAACGGUCAGAACUUCCCUAUCAUGGCUUUGCCUGCCGAGAUACGUUGUGAGAUUCUCCGGCAAGUCUUGAGUGGCAACAUCUAUCCCGUCGCCAAAGAAAACCCGAAUGUGUCGGGACCUGUAGUCUUUUUGGGAUCCAAGCGCGGGAAUAUUCCUAUAUCUCAUUGGCCAGAAGCCCCACCGGCUUCCCGGCCAGAUCCACCCAACUAUGCCAUCCUUCGAGCCAACAAACAGAUCCACGACAAGGCUCUGAAAGCGGCGUGGGAGGGUACAACAAAACGCUUUGCCGAUGGACUUUGGCUGGAGAAAGUGCUCGAGGCACCAAUUGCCCCAUCAAGUAUCGCUGGCUCACUCAUAUCCAACUCUCCAUGA